UUCAGUUGUACCAAAUGUAUUGUGGUGAUAGGAGUGUACUGUUCAGUAUGAUGAAAAACUGUGGUCAGUUAUCAUAAUUUUGUCUAGUACGCGCGAGUCUUUAAACAAUUGUUAACAUAUUUAUUCAAGUUAAAUUGUAAAUUGUAAUUGAAAUUAAUUCAAGUGAUAGUGUGUGAAUGAAACAACUGGAUUUACUGUUGGAUUAAUAUACAGAUACAAGUAAAAAUAUUACUUGAACAAAUGUUCCUUAUCGCCCACUGAUGGAUUUCAUGGCAAAAAAUAAUUUACGUUCAAUUUUAUGGAUUGGAGCCGUCUGGUACGGUCUUCAAAGAUGCAAAGGUUGUGAAAUUACUCAAAAGACUGCAUAAAAAAUUUGACGAAGCGUAAACGUAAUCAGAGAGGGUGUCUAAGAACAGUCAGACAAACAGGAAGAAUUUGUUAACUCCAACAUGGAGUCGAGAGUGUUUUUGUUUACUCUGACAAUAGUUACUUUUGCUUUUGCUACUUCAGCAAUAUUAGAUGGACCUAACGUCUGCGUUCGUCAAGAAACGUAUACUGUAACAGUAAACAUAUCUGUACAAAAACCUUAUAAGGUGAGAGAGCUCAAAUGGUGUCUUGCAGUUCCACCAAGAUGUUCCAGCUAUCGUAUGGAAUUCAAAACAGUUUAUGAAACACAGACUAUAACAAAGCAAAGACCCGUUGAUGAGUGUUGUAAAGGCUAUGGAGAAACGUCGUCUGGCGAUCGAUGUGUUCCUAUUUGUGCUCAAGAUUGUAAACAUGGUCUUUGUGUUGCUCCAGAUGUUUGUAAUUGCGAAACGGGCUAUGGUGGGCCUGCUUGUGAUAUCAAAUGUCCACUUGGUAAAUGGGGUCGAGACUGUAGUAAAGAUUGCACGUGUAUGAAUGGCGCAAACUGCGAUCCUUUUAACGGCAAAUGCAGGUGUACAAAAGGAUGGACUGGAGAAAAUUGUGAUGAAAUAUGCCCACCACAUCAUUAUGGACAGGAUUGUGGGGAAGAAUGUAGAUGCAAAAAUGGUGGAAGCUGUCAUCAUAUAUCGGGAGAAUGCCAUUGUGCUCCUGGAUAUACUGGACCAUUAUGUGAUGAUUUGUGUCCUGAAGGAACGCACGGCGAUGAAUGCAAAACUCAAUGUAAAUGUCAAAACGGCGGUAAUUGCGAACCAACGACCGGAAAAUGUUUCUGUACUCCUGGUUGGAUUGGCGAAGUAUGUGGAAACAGAUGUCAAGAUGGUUAUUGGGGUAAAAACUGUGAACAAGAGUGUAUAUGUUAUAACGGUGCUUCGUGCGAUCACGUAACUGGCAAAUGUAUAUGUAAACCAGGCUACUACGGAAAUGAGUGUCUUUAUAGAUGUCCCGAUGGCAAAUUUGGAUUUAACUGUGAGAAUAAUUGUACUUGCAAAAAUGGUGCUGCUUGUUCACCUAAUAACGGCACAUGUAUCUGUAAACCCGGUUGGACAGGAGAACAAUGUGAAUUGAGAGCUUGUCCUGAUAGUGUAUGGGGAUCAAAUUGUCAAAAGGUUUGUGAGUGUGAUAAAGCAAAUACUGAACUUUGUCAUCCGUGGACUGGUGAUUGUGUUUGCAAAAUCGGUUGGGAUGGCGCAACUUGUUCAAGACCAUGUCCCCUUUACUUUUAUGGAAAAGAUUGUGCUAAUCGGUGCAACUGUAAAAAUAAUGCACAAUGUUCUCCAAUAAAUGGUACUUGUAUAUGUGCUCCAGGAUUCCGAGGAAAAGAUUGCAGUGAAGUUUGUCCAAGAAAUACUUUUGGAGAAGACUGUGCUCAAAAGUGCUCCUGUAAACAUGGAGCAUCUUGUUCACCGGAAACAGGACGGUGUAACUGUACUGAAGGAUGGGAAGGUGUUCUCUGUGAUCGUCCAUGUACAGAUGGAACUUUUGGCAAAGAUUGUGUAGACAAAUGUCAAUGUCUUAAUAACGCAGCCUGUAAUCCACAAAAUGGCACAUGCACGUGUGGGGCUGGCUACAUUGGGGAAUUUUGUCAGCGACGAUGUUCACGUGGACUUUUUGGUCAUGAUUGUACACAAGUUUGUGAUUGCCAGGAUGAAAAUACUAUUGAUUGUGAUCCAUCUACUGGAAAAUGUAUUUGUAAGCCAGAAUGGCGAGGAAUCAGAUGCGAAACUCGAUGUCCAGCGGGUUCUUAUGGAGAAAACUGUGACAUUAAAUGUAGCUGCAUGAACAAUAGUUCAUGUGAUCCUCAAACUGGUGAAUGUAUUUGCGGAAGAGGAUGGGAAGGUCCAGAUUGUUCUCAACCUUGCAAACAUGGAUGGUACGGUGUUAAGUGCAAAGAAAAAUGUCCCAUAAAAACUUAUGGAAAUAUGACAUGUGAUCAUGUAACUGGUCAAUACGUCUGUCGACCUGGAUACCUUGGUCUUACUUGUGAACAUUCUUGUCCUCCUGAUCGUUGGGGUUUAAAUUGUAUGAACCACUGUGAUUGUAAGAAUGAUGGUGAGUGUCAUCAUGUUACCGGAGCUUGUCAAUGCCGGCCAGGAUGGCAAGGUGAUCGAUGUCAAACUCCUUGUCCUCAAGGAACUUUUGGAGUUAAUUGCACUCAACAUUGCAAAUGUCAGAAUGGUGGAAAGUGCAGAGCUAACGAUGGAGUCUGUAGAUGUGCUCCUGGAUGGACUGGAGCUAGAUGCACUGAAAUUUGUCCAGAAGGAUAUUACGGUGACCACUGCAUGGAGCCCUGUGAGUGUAAGAAUGACAACUUUUUAUGUCAUCCUGCAGAAGGAUGUAUUUGUAGACAUGGAUACGCUGGAGUAAAUUGUGAGGACGAAAUUUUAUCUCGAAAUGUUCAAGAAAAAGCUGAGUCAGGCUAUGGAAGUGUAAUUGCUGGAAUCUUUGCGGCAAUAAUUGUAAUAGCUGUUACCUUAGCAGCUUGGAUGUAUCAUCGUAAACGAGUAGCUAAUUUGAAAAUGGAAAUAGCCCAAGUACAAUACAUAGCAGAACCUGUGACACCCCCAGAUCGUAAUCACUUUGAUAAUCCAGUGUAUUCAUACAACGGCUCGAUUAGAACUGAUGAUGGAACAACCAGACUCCUCAAUAAUAGUUUAAUCAGAAAUAAUCUGGGCAUGAAAAAUAUAAACAAUCAUUUACAAAAAACUAAACUAGGUAUCGGUGGUUUGGACGACGACGACGAUGAUUGUCGUGAAGCUCACAGCUUGCAAUAUGAUCAUUCAGCGUCUUUAAAGAAUAAAGAUGCUGAUAUAAGUAAUCCCAAUAUCAAUGUUUAUCAUAGCAUUGAUGAAAUGGAUAGUAAAAAGGGGGAACAUCUAUAUGAUGAAAUCAAGCAAAAUAAUCCAGACUUAGAAUAUGAUCAUCUAGAAUAUACUCGACCUUUAAGUGCAUGGAAACCUCAUUACCAGCGAAUGGCCAAUGGCUUUGGUUUGAGUAAAGAUGGUAGUGGUUCAAGUAAAGCCAGUCAAAAUGAUCCGGAACUUGGAGGACAGUGAAUCUCUAACAAUAAGGAAGCACCAUGAAAGAAAUUACUUGAAAUGUUGAGAGAAACUUAAUAUGUGAAAUAAUUAAGUACUUGUGUAUUAUUCAUUGACAAACAAUUUUUAUCUAUAUUAUGUAAUUAAACAUGACUAUAAGCUCUCGAUAGAUCAAUUAUUUAUAUUCAUGUUUAAGCUUCCUGUGCAGUGUAUCUUUAAAAUCAUUUGUAAAUAUGUGACUAGCAAAUAAUGUCAAAUAUUGAUUGACUUCUACAAAUGACAUUAAUAUAGACUAGACUAUUGUGUUUACAAUCAUUACAAAAAACUCACAAGAAGACUAGUCUAGAUUUAAAUUCUAUUAAUUUGUAAUAUUAUAUAUACAUACUCAAUUUUGAGGUUUUUUUGUCACAUAUAGUAUGAUAUAUAACGAAUAUAUAAUAUUAAUUUUUUUUUUAAUCUUUACAA